AUGCGUUCCCCCGCAUCUCCCCGGGAGCCGAGCCGUGUGAUUCCCCCCGACAAGUGCCUUCAUCACGAAUACGGCGAAAACGGAUGCAGCGCAGCGCACUCAGCCACCCGCUCUUCCCCGCCACGACAGCGGAAACCUCGAAGAGAACCUGGAAGUGGGAACGUCGCCUCAUACGUGUCCCAGCCUCCAGUUGUGAUGCAUCGACUUCUGCUCCUCGUCCUCCAGCUCCUCUGGCCAGGCUGCCUGGCCGGCAACAGUCUGACCGCUACAGGGGCCAACUGCCUCGUUGUCCCCCCGUCCGUGAAACUGUCCGGCGGAGCUCAGUGCGGUUCGAACACUCAAAGCAACUGGUUCGAAACGGCCCACGCCCGCAUCGCCGACGGCCAGUCGGCCACCAUCCAAGAUGCCCCCUUCAUGGCCUUCGUCCAGGUCACCUUCGCCAAGAGAACAGCCUCGUGUGGCGGAGCCAUCAUCGACGGGAAACACAUCCUCACCGCAGCGCAUUGCUACUACGACUCCCAGGACAAUAACUCCCCGGCAACCUCGGUGACGGUCAGAGCUGGCUCGGCCAAACAGAGCCAAGCCACGGCGGUGGUGGAUGUGGACAAAUUCAACCCGCACCCCGGAUACAAACCCGGCGCCCGAACGAACGACGUCGCCGUGAUCCUCUUGAAGUCGAGCCUGACCUUCACCCCGACCCUCCAGCCCAUCUGCCUCCCUCGCCCGAGGAACAACAACUCCGACGUGAUCCCUGUGAGAGCCUGCGGCCCCGUCGUGUACGGGUGGGGAAGCGCCAGCGGGGCCUCGGACGACCUCCAGAAGACGAAUGCGACCAUCAGCCGUCCUCCGGGUGCGUGCCGCGCCAACGGGGAGACUAAUAUCUUCUGUGCCUCUGCCGCUCGAGGUUCCGUCUGCUCCGGAGACGCGGGCGGUCCCAUCGUGGUCAGAUAUGGAGGCACCGCGUUCGCCAUGGGAGUGGUCGGGGUCGUUCAGGGAUGCACGGCCGCCGCGUUCCCCUUCGCCAGGGUCGGGACGUACGCCGGCUGGAUCAAGAAAGUCGUCGGUGGCUGAGACGUCCGUCGAUGGGACGAAUGAGAUCGGGAUUCUCAAUAAAAAUCUCGUUUCUCGGAACA